AGAAGCGGCCAGUGGCGGCUGCCCUGCGUCCCCAACCCCCUCCGCGCAGCGCUCGCGACACGCGUGCCAGGAGUGGGAGCGAGCGGCGGGGCCAGCUGCGUUCUGAGCCUGGGCGCAGCUACCAUCUGCUCUGGGAAGCACCGGGGUGUCCCCGCCGCCCUCAGCUCGAAGUCAGCCACCAUGGAGGCGCAGGCACAAGGUUUGCUGGAGACUGAACCAUUGCAAGGAAGAGAUGAAGAUGCAGUAGCCAGUGCUGACUUCUCUAGCAUGCUGUCUGAGGAGGAAAAGGAAGAAUUAAAAGCAGAGUUAGUUCAGCUAGAAGACGAAAUUACAACACUACGACAAGUUUUGUCAGCGAAAGAAAGGCAUCUAGUUGAGAUAAAACAAAAACUCGGCAUGAACCUGAUGAAUGAAUUAAAACAGAACUUCAGCAAAAGCUGGCAUGACAUGCAGACUACCACUGCCUACAAGAAAACACAUGAAACCCUGAGUCACGCAGGGCAGAAGGCAACUGCAGCUUUCAGCAACGUUGGAACGGCCAUCAGCAAGAAGUUCGGAGACAUGAGGUCUCACUCCAUCGGCUACUCCAUUCGCCAUUCCAUAAGUAUGCCUGCUAUGAGGAAUUCUCCUACUUUCAAAUCAUUUGAGGAGAGGGUUGAGACAACUGUCACAAGCCUCAAGACGAAAGUAGGCGGGACGAAUCCUAAUGGAGGCAGUUUUGAGGAGGUCCUCAGCUCCACGGCCCAUGCCAGUGCCCAGAGCUUGGCGGGAGGCUCCCAGCGGACCAAGGAGGAGGAGCUGCAGUGCUAAGUCCAGCGCCAGCGUGCGGCUGCAUCCAGAAACCAGCCACUACCCAGCCCAUCUCUGCCUGUGCUUAUCCAGAUAAGAAGACCAAAAUCCCGCUGGGAAAAACCCAGGCCUUGACAUUGUUAUUCAAAUGGCCCUCCAGAAAGUUUAAUGAUUUCCAUUUGUAUUUGUGUUGAUGAUGGACCACUUGACCAUCACAUUUCAGUAUUCAUAGAUGACUGUCACAUUUUAAAAUGUUCCCACUUGAGCAGGUACACAACUGGUCAUAACUCUUGUCCGUGUAAUUCGAUGUAUAUUUUUCCAAACAUGUAGCUAUUGUUUGCUUUGAUUUUUGCUUGGCCUCCUUUAUGAUGUGCAUGUCCUUGAAGACUGAAUGAACAGUCCCUUUCAGUUCAGCAGAUCAACAGGAUGGAGCUCUUCAUGACUGUCUCCAGCAAUAGGAUGAUUUACUAUAAAUUUCAUCCGACUACUUGUGAUCUCUCUCACCUACAUGAAUUAUGUAUGUUAAUUUCAGCAAUUAAAAGAAUUGAUUUUAAUGAC